UGCAUCUUGUCCGCUUGUACGUAAACAAAGCACGCUCGCUCAUGCUCUCCUAAGCUCUCUGGCCCGCUCUCUCGCUCACCGUCGCACAGCACUGCCAGUUGUGUGAAAAAAUGCCAACGAAAGCUGCUUACUGAGCUUCUCUAGCCCAGCUGUUUACCGUUACACAGUGUGCUCCUCAAAACGGCCGGCUUACUGCGUGGCAAGCCACCAAAAGAACUCCCACCGCUCUUUUUGGCGUUAACGGGACCUGCUUAAAUGCGGCCGCUUCUGCAUUUUGGAGCUCAGUUGGUCGCGAGACAGCGAGCGACAACCUUCUCCUUCACCCCGAAAAAGGAAACCGGAGAACUGACACCAAGCCCCCAAAAACAAAAAAAAAACAGAGUGAGUGCGAGUUCCGAGGAGAGCGGCUACGACCGGACAGAGUUUCAAAAUCAAGUGCCGCAAGUGUUUGAUACCGAUCGAGUACCGUUAGACUUGAACUUCUCUAUUUUCGCGUCGUGUUUCUUUAAUUCUUUUUAGUUAUUGUUUUUUAAAUAUUUUUUUUAAAGUGCUCGGUGUUUAAAAAAUAAACUAAAAACAAACUAAAAAAGCAAGAAGAAGAAUAAGAAUAGUAUCAUCUAGUGACUCCAGUUAACGGUUAAUGCCUUGAAGAUGUCGCCCGCCGAACACUUCUCCUUGUUUGGCGGCGGCGGAUCCUUCCAGCUGGCGGCCAGCACGGGAGUUGGAGGAGCGGCCCUGGCCGGCGGAGGCAGUGCCGGAGGAGGAGGUGGCGCCGGCGGAGGAGGUGGCGCAGGAGGAGGAGGAGGAGGAGCUGGUGGCUCCAGCGGUUCGCGGGACAACCUGAAGGACAUCCACGACAAGUACACGAUGGCGAUCGCCCACUUCCUCGACUGGCAGGAGAACGACACCCUGGACAUGGAGCAGCUGAAGGGGCCGAUCCUCAAGUCGACCAUCAAGUCGGUCUACUGGCUCUUCCUCAUCCAGUACGCCACCCUGGCGCUCCUCGGCGUCGUCCUCAACGUGGCCAUUGUGGUCUACAUCAUGUACCACCGGCUCUACAAGGAUGUGACGCACGCCUUCAUCAUCAACCUGGCGCUGUGCCACUUCGUGCAGUGCGCCCUCGUCCUGCCGGUGUCCUUGAUGGUGAUGCUCCUCCAGAACUGGAUAUUCGGCCAGUUCCUGUGCUUCUUCCUUCCCAUGCUGCAGGACAUCCCGCUGCACGUGGCCAUGAUCUCGCACAUCCUGAUCGCCUGGGACAGGAUGCGGUGGCUGAACGAUCCGCUGAAAGGACGCCUGCCAGGAUUCGUCUGCUGCUGCGCCACCUGGCUGACCGGAAUGGUGAUUGCCCUUCCAUAUCCCAUUUACACCAAUUACGUGGAACUCGGGGACUAUCUGCCCCAACUGGCCGGCAUCGGAGUGUGCGUUGUUAACUUGAUGGACGACAUGCAGGAGUACCAGCGCGGACUCUUCCUUCUCAUGUACUGUGGUCCCGCCAUCCUGCUCUCCUACCUGUACAUUCGCACCUCCCAGGAGCUGCGGCCCCCCGAAGGACCCUUCGCCGUGAUGAUGUACGAGCACCGAGCCGAUCUCCGGAUGCGACAGAGAAACUCUUCAACUUCCUCGGUGGAGCCGCGCCACCUCUCCGGGGGAGGAGUGGCCGGGCUGAGCAAUGGCGGCGGGAGCACCUCCCGCUCCUACGACCUCUACAGCGCCGAACUGGACGUGAACCGGGAGAAGCGGAAGCAGAGGAACUUCGGGAGCAUGGCCGCCACCCAGGUGGUCUGCAUGUGUCCACUGAUGAUCCUGCGCUUUGCGAAGCUCUCCCUCGAGGAGACCUACGAGAACUCGAAGCACUUCGACUUCACCUACCUGAUGUUCGUGUGGGUGGCCUUCCUGCCCACGGUGAUCUUUCCGUGCAUCUACGCCUCCCAGAUACUGCCCAGGGACGAACAGGAGCGUCUGAGGGGCUACUUCCGGCUCUCCUCGAAGCGCAAGCAGAAGAACCAGCGCCGCAGCGACGCCACCGGAGGCACUGGAGGCAGCUCCCGCGAGGACUCCAUCGAGAAGGACGAUCCCUCGAAUACCACAGGUAGUGUGCGGCAUGGUAGUGUUGGUGGUGGUGUAGGAGGAGGUGGUGGUGGUGGUAAUGGGGGGAGUAGCAACCCAGAGAAUCUCCAGAAGCAUGCCACGAAGCUGCGCCACGAGAGGGAGCGAGCCGGCGGAGGAGAUCGCUACUCCGGAGCUCCCUAUCGUCAGGGCAAGGAAAGGACUAGGGAUAGGGAGAGAGACAGGGAUAGGGAUAGAGACAGGGAUAGGGAUAGAGAUAGAGACAGGGAUAGGGAGAGGCGAGGUGGGAGGGGGCCGGGGGAUGCCGGAGUCGUCAACAAUCUCGGCAAGGACGUGCGCGGCAAGAAGCACGACGUCAAGAUCAACAUCAUAUCCGACGGGGGCACUGGCCACGCCCACCCGCACCGCAAACUGGGCGGCAGUGCCAGCGGCAGCGCCAGCAGCAACCGUAGCCGCCAGGUCCAGGGUCCGGGAGGCCAGGGGUCAAGUCCGGGGCAUCGCAGCUCCCUGAAACUGACCGCCGAGUGCCUCUCGAACGUCACGGCCUCCACCUACUGCAACGGGAAUGGGAGCGGAAACGGAACCAGCGUCGCCAUCCCGGACGACAGCAGCACCAGCAACUACGGGGACGGGGAGGAGAGCUCCGUGGUGAGCAGCAUGAUGGUGCCGCCGCAGCGGUGGCCUCCGGGCGGCGUCGCCCUCCUGCGCCACAAGGACGUCUCGUUCAGCGAGUGCAGCAGCAGCACCUUCUCCUCCAGCACUUUGGAGCGCGACCUGGAGAUCAUGGACCAGCUGGAGCGGGAACGGAGCAUGGACAUCCAGGAGAUGUUGCAGCGGGAUCGGGAGAGGGAGCGGGAACGGGAACGGGAGAAGGGGGGUCGUGGGCGGCAGCUGCCGGACAUCGAGAAGCUAUACGCCCAGCGGUCGCCCAAGGGGGGCGGCAAAGGGGGCGUGGCCAGGGGCGGCAGCGGGGAGGGGGGCCUGGCCCUGGUCCUGCCCGGCAGCGAUCCCCUCAGCAGCCUCUCCCAGUCCCAGUCCCAGUCCCUGGCCACGGAGUACAGCCUCUGCUCCACUCUGGAGACUAGCGGAGGGUCAGUGGCGCCGCCGUCGGACGAGAUCCUUCCGAAGGCGUCCCAGAUCCGGCAGAACAUCGAGGAGGUGGACGACGAGGAGGUCGUGCCGCCGGACUUCUACGACAGCUAUACGCCGGGCGGAUCCCAGAACCUGCCGCCCGUCGCCGCCGCCGCCGCCGCCGCCGCCGCCGCUGCCGCUCCGCCCGCCUACCAAUACCAGUACAGUCGCAGUCGCUUGAGCCGCAAGAGCUGCGGCUCCGGUUCCAUGUCCGGCUCCAGCUCCGGCCACCAUCACGGUCACGGUUAUGGGCAGCACGGCAGCGGGGGCGUUGGCAUCGGCGUCGGCCACUCCGGCCGCAACUCGAAGCGGGACAGCUUCAACUCCCUCAACGGCACCGAUCUCAUAGCCGGGGCCUUCUGCGAACUGGAUCCCACCCAGCCCCUCAACAAGAUGGCCGUCAUUGAGGGCCGGAUGCGCCGGAGCAGUCCCCGGAACGCCAGCUUCAGCUCCGGCUCGGGGGUCUCCGGGGGCAGGAGCUCCAUGAAGUCCUCCUCGCGGGACUACGACUACGGACACGGCUCUUCCAGCCACUCGGCUCAUCCGGAGCUGGACUUCAGGGAGAAUAUAUUCGCGGAGCUGUAAAGGGGGGCUGGAUUUUAGGUCAGGAGAGGGUUGCUUAGAAGAAUUCUACAAAGCUAGAAGGUGAAGGUGGUUGGGGAAGAAAGAGACUAGAGUUCUUAGGAGAAGGGAGAAGAAUUGCCUAGAAGAAUUGGGGUACUGGAAGAGGUUCUUCUUGGAGUGGUCUGGAAGAAUUGGAAAGACUUUUAAGAUAAUCGCAGGAAGAAGGAGCUCUAGAAGAAUCGGAUUUCUUUCAAAAUAAACGAAGGGUUUGGGAGAUCUAAAAAGGUCUAAAGAGAUCUAAAGAUCUAGAGAUCGAAAGAGAUCUUCAAAAAUGAAUCUAAAAAACUCUAAAAAUAAUUCCAAAACUUGUAGAAGAAUUCAAAAGAGAUCUUGGAGAGAUCUAAAGAAUUAUUAAGAACUCCAAAGAGUCUGGAGAUUGAAAAUGUUUAAAAAACAAAGAAGAUUGAAAAAAAUAUUUGUAAAAGUGGUCUAAA